AUUUUUCAUGAAUAGGUAAGUGAAAGCAAAAAUAGUUUCGUAUCAAUUUUUGUUUUAUUUAAAAAAAACAAAUACGUAUUUCCAGACAAAGCAAUAAUAAUUUAAUGGUUUACACAUUAGAAUACUGAAUGGUAACUCCGAACAAUGUAUGGCAUUUAAUAAUGCUAUAGUUCUUAAAACGUAUUUAUUGGGAUUCCACGUGUUAAUUAUUGAGGAUAAUUAUCCAUUAUACACUUAUUUACUACACAUAUAACGCAGUAAAAAUAAAUAAACUCCUUUUUCGCUGAGUUAUUAUUUAAUAGCAAUAAGUAUAUAAUUUAAUUUUGUAAGGAUGUUUUUUUAAUCUGUUCGUGGUUUUUUUUGCUAUUAUAAUGUGGUUUUAUUAAAUUGUUUGAUAAGUUAUGUUGAAUGUUGUCUUCUACAGGUCGGUUGAUAUUAUGUUGAUUGUAGAUUGGACAUUGUAGCCGACACAAUGGCCAUGUGGUGAGGUUAUAAUUGAUUGGCAGAGAGCCGCGAGAUAAUGGCAUUCUUGCGGCCGCCAUGCGGUACCUAAGGCAGCCGCAGCAUCCAUGCCACACCUGCCCGCCUGCCCUUACAGCCAAGCAUUUACCUGUGUAAGGUAAACUCAUUUCGUGAUUAACCAAUGACAAGAAUUAACAUUCCAAGCCAUUUCAAAAUUCUAAUUCAUGUUAAUUUAACCACAAUGACAUUAACAAAACACUCGAAGAUCUGAUUUUUCUUACAUAUACAUAUUUUUUGCAGCUUUAUUUUGGAUAUUCAUUUCAAAAAGUUAACAAGCUUUGUUAUUCAUGUUGAAAGUACUUACAUACUAAUAUGGUUCCAAAAAAAAAGAAAAAAAAUCUACAAAAGACUAGGCUUUUUCUAGUGUUUUACUCCCAUUAUUUAUAUGUUAGCUUUGAAUGGACAUACAAUGGCAAAUAAAUAAAAUAUAAAUACUUUAUUUUAGAUAUUCCAGAUUAAACAGCUUUGUCGAUAUGUUAUUUUAGUUACAAAUACAAGUUUGGUUUUCAUUGCAUAUAUCUUCUUUUUUGUAUCCUAAGUUGUAUUUCCUGCUGGCCUGGAAAUCAGUAGUCAAACUCUUCUAUUUCUGGAUGUUCUGUGGUGGAUGGGUGAGGUCGGGGGUGGGGUCUUGGGUGUGGGUGUGGGUGGGGUCUUGGAUGAGGAUGUGGAUGGGGCCUUGGUUCAGGUUCAUCAGUUGGUUUUGGGUGAGGGCGUGGGUGGGGUCUUGGAUGAGGAUGUGGAUGGGGCCUUGGUUCAGGUUCAUCAGUUGGUUUUGGGUGAGGGUGUGGGUGGGGUCUUGGAUGAGGAUGUGGAUGGGGCCUUGGUUCAGGUUCAUCAGUUGGUUUUGGGUGAGGGUGUGGGUGGGGUCUUGGAUGAGGAUGUGGAUGGGGCCUUGGUUCCGGUUCAUCAGUUGGUUUUGGGUGAGGGUGUGGGUGGGGUCUUGGAUGAGGAUGUGGAUGGGGCCUUGGUUCAGGUUCAUCAGUUGGUUUUGGGUGAGGGUGUGGGUGGGGUCUUGGAUGAGGAUGUGGAUGGGGCCUUGGUUCAGGUUCAUCAGUUGGUUUUGGGUGAGGUCUCGGAUGGGGAUGUGGUUUUGGUUUAGGUUCGGGUUCUUCUGUUGGGCGAGGAUGAGGAUGAGGACGUGGACGGAAAUAAUCCUCUUCUGACUCUUCCUCGUCAUCUAAGCCUGGGAACUCAUGUUCUUCGUCAUCUUCUUCAGAACUUAGAAUUUCUAUUUCGCCAAGGAUAGCCUGUAGAUUCUUGUCCUGUCUCAGGACGUCUAAUUCUUCAGAUGGAAAGGCAAGAGCUAUCGCUGGCCAGAGGAUGGCCAGGGCAGCUAUUACU